AUGCUCUCCGAGCUUCCGACCAUGGAUCAAUCGCCUGAUGGUAUCUCACCUACGAGCGCCGACCCCGCCGUCGUCGGUAACGCUCCCUCGAAUCAGCCCCCCAAGACACAAGCCAAGUUCCCUCCCCCAAAGACGGACAAACCUCGACCACACGUCUGUGGAACCUGCGGCCGUUCGUUUGCCAGAUUGGAGCACCUUAAGAGACACGAGCGCUCGCACACCAAGGAGAAGCCCUUUGAGUGCCAGGAAUGCAAAAGAUGUUUCGCCCGUCGAGACCUGCUUCUGCGACACCAACAGAAGCUGCACUUCACAAACAACCCCUCUAGCCGGCCGAAAAACAACAGACGGGAAAGCACUAGUGGACCCGUCAAUGGGGGUCGUGUAAGAAAGGGCUCAAUAGCCAAUGCUGGUGCUGCCGCGGGGAACGCAGGCGGUAGACCUCGAGCGAGCACACUUGGCCAUUUGGACAUAGGAUCCCUCGGACUGAUGGGUGUCGUCGCUCCGGUCGAUGCACAAAGACAAACCCAUGCCAGUAUGGCACACCACCGGAUGAGCAUGAGCAACGCUCAACAGCGGCCAUCAAACCUGGAUCUCAAUGGCAUCAACAGUAUGGCGCAUCCGGGUAUGGGCCAACAAGACGGCUUCGACCUCUCUCGUGUUGAUACCCACACUUCCCAUAUAGACUUUGGUGAGCCAUUGACACACAUUCACACCGCGCCGGCCUAUACAGGCAUGCAGCCAUCCGAGUUGGAACAGCUCUUCACCCCAGGAGGGAAUACAGUGAAUCCUGCUCAGCUGCACUUUGCCGCUUCAACAGCACCGCAGCCUGUAAAUCUCCAGAACUUCCACAUGAACCAAUUCGACUUGUUUGGUCAAGGAGACGACUUUGCUUGGAUGCGAGACUGGGAUUCGCAAAUACAAUCACAUGCCAACAAUGAGGCCAUUGAUCAGUCAUCGCCAUCCCAGUUCAGUACUGCCAGCCAAAGUGGUUAUUCCGAAACUGUGACGGAUGGUCCUUUCCACAUCAAUGUUUCUCAGGCUGGUUGGAACCCCAAUGACAUGCAGGCUCUGAUGACUCCUGGAGCAUUGAAUCUGGACGUCCUUGGCACAGGACUUCCAUCUAUUGAUCCUCCAAUGACCACCGUUUCGCCACAAAACUUGCUUGAUCCGUCUUCUAUCGCCGAUAGCAAGCUGGACACUCUCAUGAUGCACUCUGGCGUGUCUGAUUCUUUAAGUGGUAUGCAUUUCAACCAAUUCCAGCAAACUUCCCUCUCCAACUUUGAUUCGGACAGCCCUAGCAUCUCCUCGUCAUCGGUACCAGAUAGCGCGAGGCAGAGCUCAGUAACAUCCAUCUCCACAGAUUCAAUCACAGACGCAACUCGUCAAGCUUUGCUCCUCAGUCUCUCGCAACAAUCUGCCUUCAGCCACAGAAAGUUUUCACAGCCAUCCAUCAGCUCACCUCUAUCGCCCAGGCCUCAAGGACCAAACCUCCCUCCCACUGCUGAUCUGCAGCGUUACAUCAAUGCAUACAUCCAGUACUUUCACUCUCACCUGCCAUUCCUUCAUAUACCCACAUUGUCAUUCGAUUCGCCUGAAUACAUGACCAACCUGCGGAGCGCCGGCUCUCAGGCCUCGGUCAAUCACAGUGGCGUAGUCGGAGGUGGAGGUUGCCUGAUUUUGGCAAUGGCUGCAAUUGGUGCUCUAUACGAGUACGACCACCAGGCUUCCAAAGAGUUAUUCGAUUCCGCGAAAAAGAUGAUUCAGCUCUAUCUUGAAGAGCGUCGCAAGGCCGACAUGUCUGCAGCUGUCAAUGGCGGUCAGUACUUCAGUACGGAAAGCUCAUCGCACAACACACCGCUGUGGUUAGUUCAGGCAAUGCUGCUGAACGUCAUCUAUGGUCACUAUUGUGGCGACAAGACCGCGGCAGACAUUGCGAGCAACCAUUGCGCAGCAUUGGUCAGUCUUGCUCGUGCUGCAGAGUUGGCACAUCCAGCCACAAACCAAGAUAAUUUCGGCGACGCCAAAGAUGAAAAGCCAGAUGUUCACAUGGAUGAUGGCUCUUCUCCAUUCAAUGGGCACACAAAUGUCCACCUGCAAUGGUUGAAGUGGAAGGAAGCAGAAGAGCGCAAGAGAACGCUUUUCGCCAUCUUCAUCCUGUCCAGUCUGCUUGUCAUUGCGUACAAUCAGACGCCAGCUAUCACCAACUCCGAGAUUCUUCUUGCACUACCUUGCGAUGAGGAGCUCUGGACAGCGGAUAGUGCUCGAGAAUGGGCUGCCAGAGGAGGCACCCAAGCAGCCGAAGCCAGUGCUACGCCAUUCUCUGCCGCACUGAGCGAUCUCUUGACCGCCAACCAAAGACAACAAAACAUGUACGGCUACAACAGAUACAGCCCCAACGGUGACUCUCAUGGAGUAAGCAGCCAGCUUCGACCAAGCACAUUCGGGUGCUUGGUUCUGAUCAAUGCUCUUCACAAUUACAUCUGGGAGACGAGAAGCAGACACAUUGGACGCCAGUGGACAGCACAAGAGACUGAAUCCAUGGUGGCACACAUCGAACCCGCCCUGAACGCGUGGCAAGCUGCAUGGAAAGCCAACGACCGCCACAAGUUGCAGCGACCAAAUCCUUUCGGUUUGGGCCCUUUGGCAGCUGAUAGCAUCCCUCUAUUGGACCUAGCAUUUGUGAGGCUCUUCGUCAAUCUUGGACGCUCAAAAGAGGCCUUCUGGCAGCGCGAUUUUGAGGCCAUGUCAGAAGAGCUAGCUUGUGGUAUCGACUUCGCACAUAUGGGUUCUCCUGAUCAUCCAUCCAAUGGUUCAUCUGGGGACUCGCCCGACUUNUUGCAAGGUGCUUAUCCACAUGGUCAAGCACAUUCGUCAGGCCACAGCUCUAAGCGUGAGCGUCACCUGCGCAAAGCAGCUUUCUAUGCAGCGGAUUCGCUUGUCAUUUCGUCCAAGUGCAACCUGACGUUCGCAGAUUCUUCUGCUCAUGAAUUGCCAAUCCAAUCAGCUCUCUGCUUCCUUGACUGCGCUCAAGUUCUGGCUGAAUGGGAAACAACUGUUCAAGAACGUAUUGGUCGUUACGUGGGCGUGCUGGGCCAGGCUGAUGUCGAUUAUGGCCAAGUGCCCGCCGUUAUGUUGCUCGACACCGAAGACGUGGAGCUAUUGAACAAGAUGGAAAGUAUAUGUACCGUCAUGGAGGAGAAGAUGGCCUUGCAAGCUAAGAUGCUGGCUCACGAGAUGGAUUCUCUAGAUCCCAACGGAACGAUGGGCCUCCCAUCACCCCUGGACAGACUCAAUGGAUUGUCAAAGUGCGGACUUGGAAGUAGGAUCUUGCGUAUGACAGCGCAGAUGCUUGAGAAGGCGGCUGUUUGGCCUGUUACCCAUGUAAUGGCCAGUGCUCUAGAGACACAGGCAUCUCAUGCCGACCACCGUGCCGAGUCCUCAGUCACCGCCAUGUCUUAG